AUGAUAAUUAUCUGGUUGUUAAUAAUUAAAAAAAUAUUUGAAGAAAUUGAUAAAGAAUUAAUUAAUGAUAUAAAUAAUGAAAUUAUUUUAAAUGAAGUAACAAGAAAAUUGAUUUGUAUUCCUAUUAAUAUUGAUGAUGAUAUUAUUAUUAAUUCUUUAAAUUUAAUUUUACCAAAUAUUUCUUCUUCUGAAAUAUUAUCUAAUUUUAAUAAAAUGAUUACUUCUUUUACUUCUUUAGUUGAAAUUCUUAAUUUAUAUGCUGAAUAUUAUUCUUCACAAAUUAAUUCUUUUCUUCUUCUUCAACAUCGUGUUAUUCUUCCUUUUGAACUUCAUUUUAAACUUCUUUCUAUUAAAUCGAUCUUUCUUAAUAUUUAUUCUCAUCUUAAAUAUCUUCUUAUUCUUAAUCUUAAAGACUUUCUUAAUCUAAAUGCAAUUCCUCUUCCUCCUCUUCUUGAUUUCCCUUCUUCUCCUUCUUUUCAUCUUCCUCUUUCUACCCAAACUUAUCGUUCUCCUAGAAACUUUUUAGAUAAACGUUCUAAAUCAAUUCUCAAACAUUGGUUCAUGAACCAUCUUCAAUACCCUUAUCCUUCUGAACUCGAAAAACUCUCCCUUUCUCAUCAAUGUAAUAUCUCUAUUAAACAACUCAACACUUGGUUCGCUAACUAUCGCUCUCGUACUAAGAAAAAAUUUAUUAACCAUGAAAUCCCUUUUCAACUUUAA